AUGUCGUGUCGAGUAGGAAUACUGUCACACUCAGUCACACACACAUGUGGUGUGCACACCCCGCUGCCCCACACCCCGCUGCCCCACACCCCGCUGCACCACACCCCGCUGCACCACACCCCGCUGCCCCACACCCCGCUGCACCACAGCCCGCUGCACCACACCCCGCUGUACCACACCCCGCUGUACUACACCCCGCUGCACCACACCCCGCUGCACUACACCCCGCUGCACCACACCCUGCUGCACUACACCCCGCUGCACUACACCCCGCUGCACUACACCCCGCUGCACCACACCCUGCUGCACUACACCCCGCUGCCCAACACCCCGCUGCCCCACACCCCGCUGCACCACACCCCGCUGCACCACACCCCGCUGCACCACACCCCGCUGCACCACACCCCGCUGCCCCACACCCCGCUGUACCACACCCCGCUGCCCCACACCCCGCUGCACUACACCCCGCUGCACUACACCCCGCUGCCCCACACCCCGCUGCCCCACACCCCGCUGCACUACACCCCGCUGCACUACACCCCGCUGCACCACACCCCGCUGCACCACACCCCGCUGCACUACACCCCACUGUACUACACCCCGCUGUACCACACCCCACUGUACCACACCCCGCUGUACCACACCCCACUGUACCACACCCCGCUGCACUACACCCCGCUGUACCACACCCCGCUGCACUACACCCCGCUGUACCACACCCCGCUGCACUACACCCCGCUGUACCACACCCCGCUGCACUACACCCCGCUGUACCACACCCCGCUGCCCCACACCCCGCUGCCCCACACCCCGCUGCACCACACCCCGCUGCACCACACCCCACAUUGA